CCGACUCAUCAAACUUUCGGCUGCAAAGAUCAUUCGUGGAGAAGGAGUAUCCGUUGUAUUAUUUAUAUAUAUACGUAUAGAUUUGUUAUUUUUAUAUAUAUGGUAGGAGAGUGCUUUUGGUCUCCCACAGAAUGUCUCUGUCAGCUGAUGUUUCCCCAUCUGUAACUCCUUCUUCCACGCCACUUAGCAGUACACAUGCACCGAAAUACGGCACAGUCAUUCCUAAUCGCAUUUUUGUAGGGGGAAUUGCAGCCAAUACAUCAGAAUUAGAAUUGAAACAGUUCUUCACAGCCUAUGGAGCUGUCAAAGAUGCUAAGAUAAUUGCAGACCGCGCUGGUGUGUCGAAAGGGUAUGGAUUUAUCACAUUUGAAAAUCAGGAAGAUGCAGACAGGAUUAUUAAGAAAGAGUCAGAUAAUCUGGUAUUCAAAGAUAGGAAGCUGAACAUUGGGCCUGCAGUCCGUAAACAGGUAACCCAAUCAGAUCAGGUGCUUCCUCGAACCUUUGGCGUGGAAUCCCUGACUUCCGAUACAUUAGAUGCGGCUAUUCCUGCAGGAACAAUGCUGUUGGCCAAUGGAGUACCUUACACGUACCAAAAUGGGAUGGCAAUAUUCCAUGCUCCUGAAGGAGGCUAUCCUAUAGCCCAGCCACAGAUGAAUUCUGCUUCCCUGUCAGCUAUGAUGGUUCCCCAGACACCAACCAUGUACCUUGCUCCUCAGUAUACAUAUCCACCUACUACUCCACAGUGGAGCUCACCUGGUGGACAGUGGAGAUGGACGGCACCUCAGAGUCCCCAGCAAGCAGUUACUGGAUCUCCAGGCUAUGUGUAUGCCACCACCAUGCAUGGCUCCCCAGAACUAAUGUAUGCCCAGGCCCCUCAUGGCUACCCUGCAGAUCAUGGGGACCCAUCCCUGAUGUCUGACGGCCAGCAAACUAUGGAGAUCGAAGAAUCCGCCUCAUCCAACUACCUGCUGGCCUAUCCAUCUGCAUCCCUGCCAGCUUCGGCUCUAACCUAUCGCAUUGUUACCCCUUCUGCUGCUGUCAUUAAGAAGUAAUUCCCCACCCACUCAACCAGCUCAAAGACAUUCUCACCAUGUCUGCAUGCUGUCUACUGGAAGUUUUGCCUUGAUAAACUUUUUGUGGAAGGGCUAUUUUUUUCUUUGAAGCAUGCUGUAGAAAAUUUAGGAGUCAUGUGAAGUGUUUGCAGUAAAUUUUGGUAUUAGAUAAAAGUUGGAGUGAAAAGAAGAGACAAAAUUGAAAUUUUGAGAGAAAAAACUUGGAAGUGACAAUUUUGUGAAGAUCAUUUUGCUUGUUAGAUAAUCUUAUUGUGUUAUAAUCAUGGAAUUUUUAAAAGGAAAAAUGACAAGUUUUAGGGUGUGGACCAGCUGGCUUGGAUAGUUUAUGAUAAUGCAUCUUGUUUUUAUUAUUAAAAUCGAGAGAAAAUCAUGAUUUUAAUGCAUGUAACAAAACAUCAAUUUUUAUUGGGCAUUUUUUGGUAUAUAAUGAAUAUUGCAUUGUGUGUUUUCAUUACCAGUAUAUGUUUUGGUUUAGGCAGACCCUGCUGACAAAUUAACGCAUACCAUUUUGUUUAAGGAACCAUGUCAUUGAGAUAUAGAUCAGUUUGCUAUUAACCCCUCCAAACGAAAUGGUCGUUAAAGGGAAUACAUUGAAUGAAACAUAAAAUUACUAAUUUUUCGUGCAGAAAAAAAAAAGGGUGGGGGAGUACUUUAGAGUACUUUAUCCCAUGAUACAGAACAAAGUUUUCGAGGGAUUUGCAUUUCCUUUCGUUAAUGGUAGGUAAUGUACACAGCCUUGUUUUCAUUGCUGUUUAAUCUUUGGUGAGAAAUUGUAAAGUGAGAAAGCAGUGUUCAUCCCCCCAUAACCUCAGCUAAAGCUCUCUAAUUUCUUAGUGUGUGAAAUUCUUCUUGGGCACGGAUCUCUCGCAGCACAUAUCGCCUGAUAGGCAGAGCUUUUUUGAUCAAAUUGUGGGUUGUCAUCAUUAAUUUUCACAUUUUCCAACUGCUUCAUCGGAACCAGGACCAUGUUUCUUUGAAACAUUGCGCAAAGUACCCUUUGUUAAAUAGAAUUCACCAUAGAUACCCCACAAUAAUACAUGCAUUUUGUGAGGAAUUUAGGACAUUAAGAGUUCUGGUGGAAUUUGUAUGUUGACUUGAAAAUGAAUGAUUUUAAGUUGGCUUAAGAAGGUAAGCACUGGCAUUGAGCAACACAAAGUUGAUGUAUAUGUUGUAUAUAAUAUUUGCACUAUACAAGGCACAGUAACAUAUAUAUACAUAUAUAUACAUGUAUAUAUGAAUAAUUUUGCUCAAGGUCUGCACUUCCAUUUUCUUGCUAAAAAAAAACUAACAUGAAAGUUGAAACUUGGUAUUUUUGUUGUUGAAAUUGCAAAAUUGUUGAUGUAUUGAAUCAUGUUGUUCUCAAAUGGCAAAUGAGCAUUUUAUGUGAAUUUACAACACUUUUAAAGUUAUAUUUUCUUGAACUAUAGAAAAAAAAUUAGUUUGAGAUUUCAUAUGUUUAUUAAGUAUGGAAGUAAUUGUCCAUUUUGUUUAAACCAUGACGACACUGCCAACCUCGGACACAAUAGGAAUUUUCAGUUUUACAUAGAAAUAUUUGAUGGCACUAUUUGUUAAAUUUAUUUGCAAGUGUCCUAAUCCUCAUAUAGUGUUUAGGGCUGGAAACAACCCCCCCCCCCCCCAACAACCAACAAUGUAUGAGACUUGAUCCAUUUAUCAGCAAGGUGACUUGGAUGAGCAUUGUGGUCCAUGGGCCUUUUGUUGUGUAAACUUGUCCACAGAAAAAAAACUACACUAUUGGGACCCCAAAAUACUAAUGUCCUAGGCAUAGGUGAUGUGACAAUGAAAACCAUUUUAAAUGAGUGUAUAGUUAAAUUGAUACCCUGCUUACUGUCAGAAUCGAGUGGAGUGUUGCUAAGUGGCAUCUUCUUACUCCGUUCCUUCAUCACACUUGUUGAGUUAGUUAUGAAUUGCUGAAGUUUUGUUGCACCUUUGAAUCAAAUGCACUGAAUAUGUUUCUGAGAAUUGCUCUUUUAAUUGAUAUUAUUUCAUUACUGUUUGUUGCAGUUAACAUCACACCCAUGAACUUGCUCCUCAAUUGUUGAAGAUGAUUUAUUUAAAUUCUUGAUCAAUAGAAAUUCAUCUUUAAAUAUUACUAAGCAUAACAAAUGGGAGGGAGAGUUUGUUAUGAGGCAUUUUUAUUAUUGACCUUCGGAAGUUCUUUGCAUGUUCUAGUAAUGUUUGUAAAACAGAAACAAUUCAGAUGAAACCAAAUUCAUAAUAUACAUUUAUCUGAGAUUUCUUCAGAAAAUGAAAUAUAAUGAUUUUGUGAAGAUAAACUAAAUGUUAAAAUGAUACUAAAUUCAUUUUGAUAUGUACAACAUUUUCUUGUUGGCAAAAACUUGGCUAGGGAAACCCCUGGAUUGUUUCGAGUUUCACGAAGUUCCAUUAGUGCAUGUUAUAGUUGAACCCACUUAUUUCAGGCAGGUUUGCUUCCAAAGCCGAUCGAGCCACCCAUUCUGACGGCCCACCCUUACCUCACAGAAAAUGUCGCUGUCACGGAUUCCACCGAAAUACUGCAUCCCAGCACCUCCCAGACAGGCAUUGGGGCCCAAACUGGGCUUCAACCUCUGACAAUGCCCAUCAGCUCUGUAGGAAACCUGGGCGAUUCAUCUAAUCCAUCUACAUCCCUCUCGGCUUUUACACGACCUCUGUACAUGCCCAACCCCUCCCCACAAUAUGUUGGUGGAACAUAUCCACCUAGCUUAGUUCCUUAUCCACCAUCUGUAACAGCUGCCAAUCAGGGCACCUUAACCUUCCCUUCAAUAUCAGCUUCUGUGGCCCCUUACCACAAGAAGGGCAGUUCUUCAUCAAUCCUGCGUCGCCCCUACACCAAUCCUGCCCUUCUUGUCAAGCAUGGUCACAAGGUUCAGCGCGUUAUGAUGCCCACUAAAGCAGUAACGGCUAAUGGGCAGCUCACUUAUUUACGCAACGAAUUUGGUGCUGGGGGCGAUAUGUGUGCAGAGACCAAGCACACAAUACUGACCCCUCCCCCCACUCCCGACGUGUAGGCACAAAGGUUUAAUACCUACCCCUGCUCCCGACAUAUAGGCACUAAGGAUUUUUUUCUUUCAGUUUUGAUGCCUAGUUUGUAUUUCUGUUGUUAAAACAUUUUAUUAUCUUCUUUUUUUAAAAUGUGGUUUGAUUGUGAAAUGAUAGUUUUUGAGUAUGGUGGACAAGAUGCCCUUGGUGUUAGUUCACUAUUCAGUCUGUUUUCUUCUGGUCAGCGUUUGUAACACACCAUGGGAUGUGUUGUUUGUCAGCAGGGUUUGUUGCAAGUGUGUCUUAACUGCUUUUAAUGUAUUUAAGAAAUAUAAAUUGGAAUCAAUUUUAGUGACCGAGUAAUUUGAUUCAUGCUGCAUGUUAUGACGGACAUUUUUUGUUAAAUAGCUGGAUACAUGGAUUUAUACGAAGUUAAGUAACGUGAAAUGUAAAUUUUCAUCCGAUGACAAGGUAUCAAAAGCUUUUCUAUGCAUGAUGAAAAAGUGCGAUUUUACCAAUACUAUAAUGAUAGCGUUAGCAUGGAUAAAAUACUUUAAUAGUUGCAUGUUAACAUAGUGUUGCCUUGCCAAGGUCAUUUGUCCCAGUUGUAGCUAGAUAUAUUGAGAAUUAGAAAGUAGAUAGACGUGUAUAUUUUAUUAAAGGCGUUUUUUCCCCCUCCAUUAGCUAUCGAUAUAAACGGAUCACUUCACUAGUCUUUACACAACAAAGGAAUGGGCCUAUAAAUCUGGGGAUUAAUUGUGAUCAUGUAUAGCCAUCUUGAGUGAUUUUGAUAUUAAGCUAAACCUUUACUUUUAAUUUUAAUUUUGGUAAGUGCAGGUUGAUUUAAAACAAACAUAUUCUGUUCGAGCAGCCUGUUUUCAAUCCUAGUAGGUGGUAGCCCUAUUUCAGCAAAACAUAAAACAUGGUGUUUUUUUUUUUUUUUUUUUUUUUGCAAGACCGGUUUCUUGUACACGGACACGUAGUAAAGUGACUUAGAGAAAGUAUUCUAUAUUUCCAUUGUUUAAAUACCGGGUCCUGCUAGUUCUGAGGUAUAAAAUAGCAACUGGGUGUGCAUUUACUUGACAUGUGAAGUAAAUGUUGAAGGUCUGUCGUAAUGGAUAUUUAGGUCUCGUAUUGAGACAUUUGGCACAGUAUAAGAUCUGCCAUUGUUGUUGAUUGGCCCUAAACACCUAGUUAGCUUAGGUCAAAAUCGCCCUUACCUGUAGCUCUUAACAUCUGCUAGCAUAAGAGGGAUUCUGGGAACCCCCUCCCCCUGAAAACAAGCCAAUCUCAAGACCAUAAACUGUGAAUAGACAUAGUCUAAAUUUCAAAUCCAGGUUUUCAUAAAUAUAAUUUUCAGUAUGUGUUUGCAUUUGAAUUUUUUAUAAACCUGCAGGUUUUUUUUUUUUUUUUUUAAAACAUCUGUGCUAGACAAAAUCUUCAGAUAUAAGUAAUCAAAAUUUUGACUUGUCGAUUCUCAGUUGAUUCUCAGUUUAUGAUCUUGAGGCUGGGGUGUUUGACAUCACUGCAUAGGCUGAAUAGAGAAAAAAGUUUUUAAAGUCAGUUUUGAAAAAUCUGUAUAUGUAUCUAUAAAUACAUGCUUCCCCAAUAUUUAUAGACCCAUUUGUUUGUUAUAUCCCACAGUGAUUCUUUUGAGAACGUGAAACUAGAUCUAGAGGUAUAAAAUGCUCAUCGUAUAUUCUAUCGAUCAGUGUAAAUCUUCCAACACUUCAAAUUUAAGAUGUUUUAAAUUGUGAAUUCCCUGUUUGUAGACUAUAUAUUUACAUAUAUAUUAUAUUACUAUAUUAUCUAUUUGACCUUGUGGGUAUCUGUUUGACCUUGUGGGUAUUUGUUGAAAAUUAUAUUUAGGCUGGUUUUGUUGUUGGUUUAUUUACUAUUUAAAGAUGAGGAAAUUUAGAAGUAGAAAAACCUGUUUUGAUAUUGUAUUGUAUAUACAACUGUUACAUCCAUGUAAUAUACUGUUAUAUUUAAGUCCCCAUAUCUAAUAUUAUCAUUGUUUUCUCCUUUUUUUCUCUCAUUACCAUUCCAUACUUGUUUUUGUUUGUCCGUUUUAAGAACUUUGUGUUUGUUUGGGUGUUGUUUUCUUUUAUGUUUAUCUUUCCAUAUUUUGUUGUCCAGAAUAUUUAUCAAACUCUUAUUCCUUAUUUUAUUUUUGGAGAUCUCUAGUUAAAUUGUCAACAACCAUAAAAUUCUUAUGAAGGAAUUUCUGACUACAUAAUGAUAUUUUUUAUUGAAAAAGUUUGGUGUUUCCCACUCUCAAAACUUGAUAAAAUUCCUAUAGUUGUUUUGAAUAUUUACAUUGCAGCAAAGUUUACACAUUUUCUAAGGUUGUGUGUAAAGGUGUAAUAUUUAGGAAUAGUAGAAUUUCACAGUAAUCAAAUUUGGAAAACUGUUGAUAUUGACAUUUUAUAGAAUCUCCAUAUUGAUUCUGAAUUGUAGUGGUGUAGCAUGUGCACAGAUUUGUGGGUAUACUUUCGACAAGUGAAGGUACACUGUAGAUUGGUACCUAUUAGUAAUGUUGUUCUAUGAUACAUGACAUGUUUAGUAUAUUGAUAAGAUGUGCCUUAUUUUUCCGUCUAAAUGUGGAGAUCUGUUUCUUUGUAUAUAUAAUAUGAGGCGCCAUGAUUUGUUUACACCAUGAUUUGUUUAAUGUACAUACGCUUGCUGAUUGAUCAGUUGGGUGAUGCUACACUAGCUGAACGAUCAGUUGGGUGAUGCUACUCUAGCUGAACGAUCAGUCGGGUGAUGCUACACUAGCUGAACGAUCAGUCGGGUGAUGCUACACUAGCUGAACGAUCAGUCAGGUGAUGCUACAUCUUUAGGCUUUGGAAAUACGAGUUUGUACAUCAGCCAGUGUGCUGAAACUACCCUGUAUUUGGUAAUGGAGUACAGAUUCCUGAGAUUAGUACACUCUGAAUUUUGUAUGAAACUUGACUGUGUUCUUUUCCGUGCUGUACAAGGCAGACAGGCUCGUUUUAAUGUGAGAGCAACACCAUGACAGCUGGUUAUCAGAGCAUGGGGAAAGUCACAUGUAUUUUUUUGGAAUCCAUUCCUUCAUCAUAAGUGCUCCUAGAAGAGGGAGAUCUCUCUUCUUUUUUUUCUCAAUCGUAUGUAUGUUGUGUGUAUGCUUGUUAGUAAUAAAUCAAUGUUUGAUUUUCUCAUGCAAUAGUGUGUCCUCGGUGAUAACGGAAAAAUGAUAGAUGCACACCAGAAGUGUUUUUCAAUGAGUCCAUUUUCGAGGUCAAUGGUGAAGUAAUUAUGUGAUGUAAUGUGUAUUUUCCAACUUGUAGAUCAAUAGAAUGCAGAUUUGCAUGUAGCUUAAGGAUGAAUAGGGGUUGUGCACCUUAAUAAAAGGGAAAAAAAGUGAAUUUUUGAAUGAAAAUUGAUCCCAAAAGAACGGAAAUCUAUAAUGGGAAUGCAUUGAUAUAUUAGUUUUGUAAGAUAAUCAUUUCUUACAAGUGACAAAGACGUCCCUAUUGCCUAUAUAUUCUGCAGAAUAUUUUGUUAAAAGAGUAGGGUUUUUCCCUAGUAGAUUGUAUUCAUUGAUAAGAUGCAUUGUAGUGGUAGAUUUUUAAUUCCCUACACUGAGUUGGUGUCCUUGAUAGUUACUUUAGUAGAUUCUAUUCAUUGAUAAGAAUAAAGAUGCUUGUAGUGGUAGAUUUUUAAGUAACUGGCUACACUGAGUUUGUGUCCUGGAUACAAAAGCUGGAAGGCACAUGGAAGACAUUCUGCAUUUGUAUUACUAAAUACUGUGGCACACCGGGUCAUAUUAAUCAUUAUGUAUAUUGUCUAUGCUGAUUAUUAUAAUUGUAUAUUGUCUAUGCUGAUCAUUUGUUGUGAAUCUGAAGUACAGAGUGCUGUGGUUGUGACAUUUCUGAUAUUAAUACAUGUACCAUUGUAUUUUUUUUGGUGAAACUUGGAAGCUUGUGUUCCAUUGUAACUUGUGUUCAUGUUGGGUGAUCUGAAAUGUACAUUUUUUUGGUUACAGUGUACGAGUAGAAAAAAAACGCGAUUUUUGCAGCCAGUUUUGUAAGGUAUCUGUAAAUAGUAACUUUUUUUUUUUUGAAAUCAGUAUUUAGUGGUCAAGAAUAUUGUUGCAGAGGUUUCACUGUCAUGAAUGCAGUUUGAAUGCUGAAAUAAACAUUUGUACAUUUUA